CUGGCUCUCCGCUGCAUCUUUGUAAACCUGCAGCAGCCAUUUUGAGCACUCAGGAGACGAGACGGGCUGCUAGGGGUGUAAUGAAGACGUUUUUCCCCGGGUCUUCGGGUUUCUCUUCACCUCUCUCUCUAUCUGCAGUUUUUUUCUCUCUCAUUCUCUCUCUCUCUUUCUCUCCUUCUCUCUCUCCCUAUCUUUCCCUCGCUGCCUCUUUCUCUCUCUGCCUCUGGGGAAGACAUGGAUACCGGUGGGUCCUGCCAGCUGGAGCAGUACGUCGUUUCGACUGCAGGUGCGCUAUCCGCAGAAUGCGUAUGUGUGUGUGAGUGAGCGUUUGUGUGCGUGUGUGUGUGUGUGUGUGUACGGGUCGAUCGGCCAGACAGGAACCGCUGCUGUCCUGCUUCUGCUGCCGCCAGUACACAGUGUUUGAGAGAGAGAGGGAGAGAGGGAGGGGGAAGAGAAGGAGAGAGAGACAGACAGAGAGUGAGAAAGAGAGAGCUGGAUAGUAGGCCUCACCAAAUAAAGCCAUGGAGGCUUGAGUUGGGACUGCCCCCCUGCGCACUAUAAAUACGCUCGCCGCCUGGAGAUUCGGGUUUGGUGGCUGGAGCUCAGGACCGGCGACCGUUUGGACUGAGGAGCGUUUAAACCAGAGAACUGCAGUGUCCUUCAAGCGUGUCACCAUGCCAAGGGUGGACGCUGACCUCAAGCUGGACUUCAAAGAUGUCCUUUUCAGACCCAAGAGGAGCAGUCUGAAGAGCAGGUCAGAGGUGGACCUACAGCGAACCUUCACAUUCCGCAACUCCAAGCAGACCUACAAUGGCAUCCCUAUCAUUGCUGCCAACAUGGACACCACGGGCACCUUUGAGAUGGCCAAGGUGCUGAGCAAACACACGCUCUUCACCGCCAUUCAGAAACACUACUCUGUGGAGGAGUGGAAGACGUUUGCAGCCAACUACCCAGAAUGCUUAGAGCACAUAGCCGCUAGCUCUGGCAGUGGCCAGGCUGACCUGGAGAGGCUGUGCGCUAUACUGGAAGCGGUGCCACUCAUUAAGUACAUCUGCCUGGAUGUGGCAAACGGCUACUCGGAGCACUUCGUGGAGUUCGUCAAAGUAGUCCGGAGCAAGUUCCCCAACCACACGAUCAUGGCUGGCAAUGUGGUGACGGGCGAGAUGGUGGAGGAGCUAAUCCUCUCCGGGGCUGACAUCAUCAAAGUGGGCAUCGGGCCAGGUUCGGUGUGCACCACGCGCAUCAAGACCGGAGUCGGUUACCCCCAGCUGAGCGCCGUGAUCGAGUGCGCUGACUCCGCCCAUGGGCUCAAAGGACACAUCAUCUCGGAUGGAGGCUGCAGUUGUCCUGGCGACGUGGCUAAAGCAUUCGGGGCUGGGGCCGACUUUGUGAUGAUGGGGGGAAUGCUGGCGGGGCACGACCAGUGCGCCGGCGAGCUCAUCGAGAAGAACGGCAGGAAGGUGAAGCUGUUCUACGGGAUGAGCUCCGACACCGCCAUGAAGAAAUACGUGGGAGGCGUGGCCGAGUACAGGGCCUCUGAGGGAAGGACGGUGGAGGUGCCCUACAGGGGCGACGUGGAAGAUACCAUCCGGGACAUCCUGGGGGGGCUGCGCUCCACCUGCACCUACGUGGGCGCGGCCAAACUGAAAGAGCUGAGCCGCAGGACCACCUUCAUUAGAGUCACACAGCAGUCGAGCCAAAUGUUCACCUAACACACACACACACACACACACACACAGACGAACUCACACGCAAAUAUAUGCAUGCAUGCACGCACGCACACACACACAGACUCACACGCACACAUGCAUGCAUGCACACACACACACACACACACACACACACAUGCAUGCACACACACACGCACACACAUGCACGUACACGCACAUGCAUGUACGCACAUACACACACACACACACCAUCAUUUCCCAAUAUGUCACAAGGGGAACAUCUCUCAUGCUGUGUGUGAAACAUUAGACUGUUCAUAUUUCAUAUCUUCCUCCCAGGUGGAUCUCCUGUACAUUCUCUGUAGAACAGGGCAGGAUUCUCUCUACAGGGGCCUGAAUACUUCACCCCCUAUACCUUAGUUAUCAGUUCAUGUAAAGUAAUAACACUGGAUUCUGAACUGGAAUUUCUUUCAGGACACUUGGCAGCUUACACGUCACUACAGGACAUAUUUUAUUAGGAAACUACAUCAAGUUACUCACUGCUACGAGACUUGAGCCAUUUAUGACAUAAUGCUGCAUCACGCUCACUGAAUGCAUGAUUCAGCCCUUUAACAGACAGACGUUAUCUGAGCAUGUGCAAUGGCAUGGGGGCACUCCUUACAUAUAAAACUGUAAUGCCACAGGACUUGUCUUGUCUCUCAAGACACAGUAAGUUCUCAAUGUAGGGAAAAGUAUGGGGGAAAGCCACGUGCUGGGAACACCGGUGGGAGUGGCUCCCGGAAGCUUACCUUCAGGAAUGGGCAACGACCCUGCUGAGAAUUCUGUUCUUAAUGAUGGACUUCGUUAGACAAAAAGCAAGCAGGAAGUGUUAAUGAAGCUGCUUCUGUGGGUUUGUUUCUGUGACAGAUGAGUGGCUUGCUCCCGCAACAGGGGUGCUGGGCAAUGCUGGUGAGACAUAACACCGUGGAAUGCAGUAAUGGAUGUACAGUAGGCCUUUGAAAUGCUACAUUAAAGGAACAACUAUUCAGUUACAGUCAAAUCAUUAUGUUAUCUGAGUUUUUGAAUCUUGAGGAGCCAAAGAAAAUUGUGUACUACUGGAUUUGAGAAUUAUAAAUUAAAUAAUUAAAAUGUUACAUUAAAACA